AUGGCUAUGGUCUGGCGAUAUCAGAAUGACGAGGAGACCAUUGGGGGCUUGGCAGCUACAACCUUUGGCACUGCAUCAACCAUGAAAUGGGGGGAUGGAACAAAACGGGAUGGGGACUACAUUCCCAAGCUCACGCAUUUCUCUUCAAUAUUUAAGAGGUGGCGGAAUUAUACGAGUGCGCCGAAGCAGCAUGGUGAUCCUGAUAAUGCGGGGCAAAUCGCGGGUACCCGAGCAUCGCUACAGCUCCAGCUCUUGAAGGUUGCCAUCGCCCUCCUGUUCUCGGCCUUCUUUGGAUUGGCUGCCGCCAGUGGCUACCGCCAGGACGAUCAUGAGGAUGCUCGUCAUGGUAAGCACGGGUCGGAUCGAUCAAAGGGCGAUCGCGAUGCCCCCCGCCGCGUCUCGAAGAUGCUCGACAGCUACAAUCUCCCCCAGGGGAUGUUCCCUCUGCCGCUGGUGACCGAUUUCUCGCUGGACGAGGAGGAUGGAUCGUUCGAGAUGCGGCUGAGCCGGUCGUGCUAUGCGAAGCUCGAGGAGGAGCUGCUGUGGUAUGGCGAGGAGAUCAAGGGAAAGGUGAGGUCCAGCAGGAUCGAGGAUCUCUCGGGCGUCCAGGCGAGGGAAUUGCUCGUGUGGCUGGCCGUGAAAGGGCUCCAUGUCGAUGAUCCAGAGACUGGGUUUGUCUACCUUGAGAUUGGGCUCACGUACAGCCGCCUCUCCGCCCAGUCCUUCCAGGAGCCACCGCCAUGCUCGGACGAAGCCAGUUUCUCCUUCAUCAGAUAGGUAGAAAUAUAAAUUUGUGUAAUAAAUCUGGGAAGAUUUAAUAAAAAAUGUU